AUGGGCCCAAGACCCUCACAGGUGAAGCCUCGCUGCAUCAGAUCCCUCCAGGGCCUCAUUGUCAGUCCUGUAAUCUUUUCAUCCGUGAUAGGAUGGGCCGUGGGCCCUUGGAACCAGCUGGGAGGUCCUCCGAGCUGGACGGGGAGGCGGGCGGCCUCUCCCACUCCCCACCCGCUCCCUCCCUGCCGCCGCCUCCGGCUGCUAUUGCGACAAGCCAAGAAGCUGGGGCGCCUGCUGGGAGCCCAGCGCCGUCCUCCCGUUUCCUGUGAUCUACCAGUCCUCCUCUCCGCGGAGGCUCGGCCGGGCGCACCUGAGGCCGGCAGCAUCCCCGGGGCUUGGCGGCAGCUGCAACCUCCACAGACGGCCGCCAGGUGGCGCCGCGCCGGGGCCCGAGAGCAGGCGGGCCCGGGGCGGGGUUGGAGGGACUUAGCUACGCGCCUGGGGAGGCCGCGGGCCCUCGCAGACUACCGAACUUCCAUUCUGCCGCCGGGUUUUCACACCUGCCGGCCCCGAGGAAACAAUGGUGGGAUUUUGGGGGGCUGCCCCUUAACUCGGGCGAAUGGGACACGAACGGCGACCCCUUGCUCUCUUCCAUCCGCCUGCUGCCGUUGCUGCCCACCGACUCCUACAGCUCAUUUCUCGCUCCUGCAGGCUCCAGGAAUGCAAAUAAUUUCUCACUGGGUUUUGGCGGGGGCGCGGAGCUGCGGAGAAGCGCGCGCCCGACAGCUUUCGCCGCAGCUGGGUCCCCGGGCGCUGGCGGCUGCGGCCCCCAGAUACGGGCGGAGGCUGCAAUAUGCACAUGCGGUCACAGUGUGGCGCCAGGGGCCCGCCGCGGGACACGCUCGGAGCGCGACGCCCCAUCCCAUCAUUUACGGAUCAAACCAAAUAAUUUAGAAUCAAGUUGCUGUGUGUGUCAUACUCCUCCUGUUUUUUUUCCCUAAACUUUUAGUAGAGUCAUUUACAUAGUUCAGUUUUUACCUCAGCU